UCCCUAACGGCCACUAUAUAAAUUGUGUUUCCCGCGUUAGGCUUCCGCCUCUCGCUCGUUCACUCUCUCUGUCAUGUACGGUCCUCCGCAUCACUCCUGCCCAAGGGCCGGCCAAAACCCUAAUCUUCCUUACCUCCAAAACCCUCACAGUCCCUUUCUCCAAAACCCUAACAGUUCCUUCGUCCAAAAUCCUAAUUUCUCAUCUCCUUCCACCUCCUGCUAUAAUCCCUUCGUCCAAAACCCUAACAGGCCCUUCGUCCAAAACGCCAACAGUCCCGUCGUCCAAAACCCUAAUUUCUCAUCUCCUUCCUCCUCCUACAAUCCCUUUCUCCAAAACACUAACCGGCCCUUCGUCCAAAACCCUAAUUUUUCAUCUCCUUCCUCCUCCUCCCACAAUCCCUACCUCCAAAACCAUAAUUCCGCCUCCCCCCAAUUGCCCUGCUCCCGCCACCCCACAUUCCAACCCCGCCACCCUUCCCCGCCUCAGAAACCCGAUGAGAUCCUUGAAAAGAUCGAGCGGGCUGUUGGCAAGGCCCACCGUGAUCUUCUCGCGGCCGGAGAUAGUGUUUCUGCAUGGAAGAUCUCUCAGUCCGUUCUGCUGGCGCUCCAAGCGGAUUCUUGGAGCUCUCUAGGUUUUCAGUUUCAAGACAUCCCCUCUCUGUACCGUCUCAUUGUCACCGAGGGCAAGGUGAAUGCACUUAUACAUUGCUUUGUUGGCGUACGGAGAAUUACGUCAUUGUAUGAUCUGGAAGUUGCGAUAUGCAAGAAUGAGGGCAUUGAUCAGUUUGAAGAACUUGGGAUGGGGCUUUUGUUGCGGCAUCCACUUGUCGAGCACUAUUUCUUGGUUCCUUCAGAUGCCACAGAAAUAUUCAAGAUAACAAGUGAGGAGAUAAUCUCUUGCCUUGCUGAUUUCAUGGAUACUAGUGUUGAUAAGGAGAUUCAGGCGGAGCGAUUCUUGGAUUUCUUAGCAAAGAAACAUUCGGUUGUUGUUAGGGAAAGACUUGGAGUGCGAAUUCAGAGCCUAGGGUUGCAUAUCACUUGUAUUCGGGAAGCACGGAAAGCAGAAAAUGCCACACUUCAGAAUUAUAUUCAGGCAUCAAAACUGGCAGCUGACAAACAAACCAAGAAAAAUGAGCAGGAAUUGUUGCCGCGCCGUGGUAUCCUGUCACAAAAACAUGUGCUGGACAGACGUUUCAGUGCUAUAUCUGCACGUGUCAGAUCGUUCUCUUCUGGGUGUGAGAAUUUAAGUGGUAAGCAUAUUAGAUUUGUUUCAUCAAGUUCAGAAGAUGAAAGUGAUGAUGAUGUUGAUAGUGAGGAUGGGAACAGCAAUGGCAAUGAUUCGAAUGGGCAGCACUGGAAUUCAUCUCAAAAUAGAAAGAGCAGUGGUCAACGUGUGAAUAGCUGCCCUUACCCAUCAGCAGCUGAAGAGAUGGUACGGCUUGGACUGACAGCUGAAAUGGACGACCAUGCAUCCCCUGCUAGAGGCGACUUAAAAUGCAACGAGGGUAAAAACCCAUCUGGUAAGAAAAGGAAAUGUGAAAAGCAAAGUGGCAAACUCAGAUCCUUACAUAAAUAUCAAAAGAUGGACAUGGUUGGGAUGGAUCAUCUUCGUAGCAAAGAUGAGUUUCUUCCAGGCAGCUGCAAAAUUAAGAAAAAACAUGAAGACUCAAAAGAGGAGCAUGGUCUACAAUCUCUUCAUCUUUUGGCAAGAGAGCAUGAGGUCCAUGGGAAACCAGGAAAGAAAUUACAUGGGCCUAACAUCAGCGCAUCAAUAGAAGAUGAUAGUCAGUCACAAGGUGCUGCACAUGAUGAUCAAGAAAAGUUAGGUGACCUAAUACUAACAAGUGAUACAAUGGAGAAGUUCAUCACAACCUGGAAGGAGACUUGUCGAGAAUACCCCGUUGUUGAGGUUUUCUGUCGGAUGGUGAACUUCUACCAGGCAACAACUCGACAAAGAAAGAAAAUGAAAGAGAUCUUUUCAUCAUAUCCUGGUAUUGGAUUACUAAACGUUGCUGUGACUUCCAUGAAACAUGGGAUGUGGGACAGCCUAUACGAUACCUUCCAAGCCAUUGGUGAACAUGGAUUUGUUAGUCCAGGAUCUACUCAGUGUACUGAAAUGAUAGAUAUUGGGCCUUCAAGUAAAAGAGACACAGUGCCCAAAAACGAGGAGAACAUUACUAAACCUGGAUACAUUGUCACUGUUGAUGAUAUUAUGGAGAAAAUUGCACUACAUUUUGAGCUUGACCAUCUCAUGCCUAGACCCGGAAAACUUCCUCUGGAGAAGCAGUUUGUAUCUUUCAGAAAGUUCCAUGAUUGUGAGAUGUCGUUGAUGAAGCAAUUUUCUGUUAAGAAAUUUGGUGACUUAGGUCAUGGGGAUUUUCUUGAGUUCAUGGACAAACAUGUCUGUUUGUUCCCAUAUGAACUGCGUAAUGGUUUGACUGGAGCCCUAGAGGUAUCUAUGCUUGAGCACCAGCUGCUAUUACUAUUGUCUCAAGCUGCAGGUGACUUGCAGGAGAAUGUUGUUGUAACCAAGCAACAUAUUUCUGCUCUUCUCAGGAAACAAUUCCCUCUAAUCAGCCUUCAAAUAAAGGGAAGUGAGUGUGAAGAUUAUUCAGAUUUUAUCAAGAAUCAGAAAAGCCAUGACACUUUGAGUUGUGUUUUGUUUUCUAUAACAUUGUUGGGGACAUGCUCUAUAGGAGACUCUUUGGUGCACAAGGAGAAACAUUCAUUGGAAAUUGCUGGGUUGAUGACCGCUAGUUCUGGUUCCCUUGGAAUUGUUUCUGGAAAAGACGCACUCGAAUGCUUACUCAGGGCGCCGAUGUUGUCAGAUCUACAUUCGUGGUCUCAUUGGGAUCUUAUAUUUGCUCCGUCUCUUGGUCCACUCUUGGAAUGGCUAUUGAAUGAAGUCCAUACCAAAGAGUUGUCGUGUGUAGUGACAAGAGAUGGGAAAAUAAUCCGAAUCGAUCACUCAGCGACUGUAGAUGAGUUCUUGGAAGCUUCACUUCAAGGAUCUGCCUUUCAAACAGCAGUGAAAUUGUUAUCUUUGUUGUCUCUAUAUGGAGGCACACACCAUAUUCCACUGUCUCUACUAAAAUGCUAUGCUCACCAAGCAAUUGAGGUUAUCAUAAAAAAUUAUAUGAGUUGCAUUGGAUUAAAAAGUAAUGGGGAAUCUUUUAUGCAUGGAGGACAGAUAAUGCUGGAUAUGGAUUCCAACAGCAACCCUCUUCCGGUUAAUCCUCUGGGUGUCGUUGCAGAUAUUAGAGAAAACGAUGAUCUUAUUGAAAAUCUAUGUCAAAUGAAUAAAGCUGUUGCUGUGGCAUCAAAGUUUAUCCUUGAUUGUCUUGGUUAUCUACCUUCAGAAUUCCGCAGUUUUGCUGCAGAUGUAUUGCUUGCAGGAUUGCGGGACUUCACCAAAGAUGCUCCUGCAGUUGUUUUAUGUGAAUGCAACCAAACUGAUCAGCGAAUCAUGCUUCAUGACAUCGGGUUCUCCCUUGGUAUAUUGGAAUGGAUUGAAGAUUACCAUGCAUUUAGUUCUGCUACUGAUACCAAAUUAUUUGCAUCUGCUGAGGCCCUGUGCAAGACCUCUGAAACUGUGAGUCCAGCAUUAAGCAUUGAUUUGGAGCAUGCACAAAUUUCAUCUGAGAAAUUCUUAACUACAGAUGUUAGAAAGGACACUGUUGAAGAAGAAGCCAAUCUGUUAGAUAGACAUCAUGAAACAUUUACUGAAAUCCAUGAAAGCAAGACCCCUAAUCAAGUGUUAACUGAGAAGUCUUGUUCGGGUGAUGGUUAUAGUCUACUUCUGUCCAAAGAUGACCAAGAGAAGGAUGCUGCCCUUAUUAUUGAAUCCAUUAGACGUGAGGAAUUUGGUCUGGACCCUAAUCUGAAAGUUGCUGAGAAUAACUUGUUAAAAAAGCAACAUGCUCGCCUUGGGAGAGCACUUCAUUGUCUUUCACAGGAGUUGUACUCCCAGGAUUCGCAUUUUCUUCUUGAGCUGGUUCAGAAUGCAGAUGAUAACGUCUACCCAGAAAAUGUGGAGCCAACCCUGGUUUUCAUUCUUCAAGCUACGGGUAUUAUUGUUAUAAAUAAUGAGAAAGGAUUUUCUGCUCAAAAUAUUCGAGCACUUUGUGAUGUUGGAAAUUCAACGAAGAAAGGAUCAGGUGCUGGGUACAUAGGGCACAAAGGCAUUGGCUUUAAAUCAGUAUUUCGGGUAACGGAUGCUCCAGAGAUUCAUUCCAAUGGGUUUCAUGUGAAGUUUGAUGCAAGUGAGGGUCAGAUUGGUUUUGUUUUGCCUACUGUGGUUUCUCCGUGUGAUAUUAACUUGUUUACAAGGCAGAUAUCUAGUGAAGCAGAUCAAACUGAUACUACCAGUUGGAACACUUGCAUUGUUCUUCCCUUCAGGUCAAAGCUUAAAGAAGGGACUGGUAUGAGCUCAAUCAUGUCAAUGUUUUCAGAUCUUCAUCCAUCCUUGUUAUUAUUUCUUCAUCGUCUUCAGUGUAUAAAGUUCAGGAACAUUUUCAAUAAUUCACUGAUUGUCAUGAGAAGAGAGACUGCGGGAGAUGGCAUUGUCAAGGUUUCUCAUGGCAAAGAAAAAAUGAGUUGGUUGGUAGCUAGUCAAAGGUUGCAAGCUAUUCCUAUUCGUCCUGAUGUACAAACUACAGAGAUUGCCAUAGCCUUCACAUUACAAGAGUCUAACAACGGAGAGUACAGGCCUCAUCUAGAACAGCAGCCUGUUUUUGCAUUUCUUCCUUUGAGAACGUAUGGUUUGAAGUUUAUUCUUCAAGGUGAUUUUGUUCUUCCUUCCUCUAGAGAAGAAGUUGAUGGAGAUAGCGCCUGGAACCAGUGGUUGUUGUCAGAGUUCCCAGCUUUAUUCAUUAGUGCAGAAAAAUCCUUCUGUGCUCUUUCCUGCUUCCAGGAGAGUCCAGGAAAAGCUGUGACGGCCUACAUGAGAUUUGUUCCACUGGUGGGGGAAGUUCAUGGAUUUUUUUCUCAUCUUCCCCACACAAUUAUUUCUAAAUUACGCAUGUCAAAUUGUUUGCUUCUGGAGGGACAAAAUAAGGAUUGGGUUCCUCCAUGCAGGGUUCUAAGAGGUUGGGAUGAGCAGGCUCGUGUUCUUUUACCGGAAAGUUUACUUCAUCAGCAUCUUGGGCUUGGUUACUUAAAUAGGGAUAUUGUCUUGUCUGACCCAUUAGCCAAGGCUUUGGGCAUUCAAGACUACGGACCGAAAAUCUUAACUGAUAUUAUGUCAUCCAUAUGUUGUAUCAAUGAUGGCAUUAAGAAAUUGGGCUUGGAUUGGUUAUCCUCCUGGCUCAGUGCACUUUAUGCUACCUUGUCAGUCCAUUCUUCAGGGCAUCAUACUCUAAAUCCUGGGAUAGAACGUGAUCUCAUCAAUUGUCUUAGAAAGAUUCCCUUUAUUCCACUUUCUGAUGGUUCAUAUGGUUCUCUGGCUGAAGGUCCAAUUUGGUUACCCUGUGAUGCUGUCAGUGUUGGUUCUGAAGGUGAACACAGUCCGAAAGACUAUCCAAAUCUCUAUGCCAAACUUCGGACUGUCAAUCCUGUUCUUCUCUCUGUCAAUAAUGCAAAUACCUACAGCAUGGAAGACACGAGAGUGGACACCCUUAUACGGAUGCUUCAUAGAAUUGGUGUCCAACGGUUGUCUGCACAUGAAGUUAUCAAAAAUCACAUUUUGCCAGCCAUGUCUGAUGAUACACUUACAGAUAAUGACAGGCACUUGAUGGCUGAAUACCUAUCCUUUGUAAUGCUGCACCUUCAGUCUACAUGCCCAAGUUGUCACAUUGAGAGGGUGGAAAUAGUCUUAGAAAUACAAAGGAAAGCUGUCGUUUUGACCAACAAUGGUUAUAAACGCCCCUUUAAGGACUCAAUACACUUCAGCAAGGAGUUUGGGAAUCCCAUUGAUGUAAGAAGGUUAAUUUGCGGUAAGGAUGAUGAAUGGCAUGAGGUUGAUUCCAUCUAUUUGAAGCAUCCUAGUGUCCAAUCAUUAUCAUUUGGACUGAUGAAGUGGAGGGAGUUUUUCCAGGAAUUAGGUGUUACGGAUUUUGUGCAAAUAAUUCAUGUUGAGAAGAAAGGAACAGAUGUUUCCCAUGCUGUUUUUUGUAAUAUGAUGUGGGAUGGGGAUCUUAAUUCAGGAGAUCUAACUAUAGAAGAUUGGGAAUCUCCUGAGUUGGUCAGGUUAAUGUCUACUUUGUCUACAAAAGAAUACCGGGAAAAUUGUAAAUAUCUUUUAGAAGUCCUUGAUAAAAUGUGGGAUGACCAUUUUAGCAAAAUAGUGACAAGCUAUUGUGCUUUUAAAUCCACUGAGGAUAGGAAAACCUUUGAAUCUUCAUUCAUGAAUAGCAUUCGUAACCUCAGGUGGAUAGCAUCAAGUAUGGAUGAGGAACUUCACCAUCCUAAAGAUCUGUUUUAUGAUUGUGAGGCGGUGCGGUCUAUCCUUGGUGCUUUUGCUCCAUAUGCUGUUCCACAGGUGAGGAGCAAUUUUUUUUUGAAAGAUAUUGGAUUUAAGACGCAAGUCACGAUUGAUGAUGCAUUGGCAAUUCUUCAGUACUGGAAAACAUGUACUGCUCCCGUCAGGGCCAGCAUUGCCCAGAUGUCCAAAUUUUACACCUUCAUUUGGGAUGGAAUGGCUACUUCAAAAGGGAAAGUUGCAGAGGUGUUUAGAUCAGGGCCCUCUAUUUUUGUGCCAUUUAUCAAUAGGUCAAGGCAUGAUGAUGUUGUAUCUGGUAUAUUUCUGUCUCCUGGUGAAAUGUAUUGGCAUGAUCCGACUGGUUGUGUGGACCGAACAAAGGAGCUGGUCAGACAAUGUUCCACAACAAAUGAGAGCUGUCAUCCCUCAAGCAAGACUCUAGCUGAUGUUUAUCCAAACCUUUAUGAGUUUUUUGUUAAUGAAUGUGGCAUACGUAAGAUACCUUCUUUGGACCGCUAUCUUCAGAUCCUACUGCAGCUAUCAAGUAUUGCAUUGCCUUCACAGGCAGCUAAUGCUGUUUUUCGGGUUCUUCUCAAGUGGGCCGAUGAUUUGAAAUCUGGUUUCGUGGAUUCUCAUGAAAUUGCUUCCUUGAAAGAGUGUCUUGUUAAAUUGGAAAGUACAGUGCUUCCAACUGAGCAGGAUAGAUGGGUUUCCCUCCACCCUAGCUUUGGCCUUGUGUGUUGGUGUGAUGAUGAGGAAUUAAGGAAGCAAUUUAAGCAUUCUAAGAAUAUUGACUUUUUAUGCUUUGGUGAACUUAGAAGUGAGGAAAACAAAAUGCUUUCAGGAAAACUUGCUGUUCUGAUGCAAGCUCUUGGGGUUCCUGCACUUUCAGAGGUUGUAUCACGUGAAGCAAUAUUUUAUGGAAUGGAAGAUUGCAGAGUGAAAGCUUCAUUGGUGGAUUGGGUUCUUCCUUAUGCACAGCGCUAUCUCUAUAAAUUGCAUCCUGAUAUAUAUUUACAUCUAAAGCAGCUCGAAUUUGAAAACCUCAGUCAGCUACAAGUUGUAGUGGUUGAAAAAUUAUUUUACAAGCAUGCUAUAAAAGGGUGUGAUACUGCCUCCGGAAAACGUUUUGAGUGCAGCUGUCUUCUGCAGGGAAACACCUUAUACCUGACUCGGGCAGCAGAUUCUCACUCGAUAUUCCUGGAGCUUUCUCGCCUUUUCUUUAAGGGAUCUCCCGAGCUACACCUUGCAAAUUUCCUUCACAUGAUCACAACCAUGGCAGAAUCUGGCUCCACUGAGGAGCAGAUGGAAUUCUUCAUUGUCACUAAUCAGAAGGUCCCUAAGCUUCCCAUUGAAGAACCCUUAUGGUCACUUUCAUGUCUCCUGCCUCCACGUGAGGAUGAGACUUCCCACCCAAUAUGUGCUUCACCAUUGACCUCUGAGCCAAAUCCUUCAAAAAUUAAACUGAAGCCGGGCAUCAAUUCUAACUGGCCGCCUACAGAUUGGAAGACGGCGCCUGAUUUUCGUUUCGCCCGAGCAAAUCAUUUUAGAACAAAACCAGGGACCAUACUAAGUGACAAUCCGCACGUAGGGUCACGUGAGCCCAAAGGUAUCACCCGCUCAGAAGAUUGGCCAGUUCCCGUUGAGAUCAAUGGUGAUUGGAUUGUACCAGAUGAGUUGGCAACCACAAUGGCAUUGGUUUUGCAAGAUCCAAGAAGUACAAGAAAUGAACCUUUAUUAGCAGGGCAUUUGGGUUCUUCUGACAAACAGAUAACUUCUACCAUGGAACAGUCAAGUGGGCCACCUGAUUCAGGUACUCUCCCUGAUGGGGACAUGGGCUCAUCGACUUUCACUGCAAGAGACCAGCUUUGUUGGAGCAAGCCAAAUGAGAACCAGGCAUUUAUUACAGGCAGACUAGGAGAGCUAGUCGCUUACAAGUACUUUGUUGAGAAGCUCGGCCUGACAUCGGUGAGGUGGGUCAAUGAAGAAACAGAAACGGGUUUACCCUAUGACAUGGUUAUUGGGGAGGAAGAAGAGAGCAAGGAGUACAUUGAAGUUAAGGCCACUAGAUCAUUGAACAAAGACUGGUUCAUGAUAUCAACCAGGGAGUGGCAAAUGGCCUCCGAGAGAGGUGACUCAUUCAGUAUUGCCCAUGUCGUUUUGGCAGACCCAAAGAAUGCAAAGAUCACCGUCUUCAAGAACCCGGUAAGACUUUGCCAGCAAGCUGUGUUGAAUCUGGUCGUCUUGAUGCCAAGGCAGCAGAAAGAGUUGCCUGUCGCUACUUAGCUGGCGCACAUGCUAUAUAUAGGGGUUUUGGUGGUCUCCUAGUCCAUCCCGAACUUGUGGCCUCUCUUUCUGGCCACACAAUAUUCAUUGUUCCUAUUGCUCUUCUGGGCAAUGAUGGGAUAGUUUGAGGCUUCUGGUAUGAUAAAUGGCAAUAAAAUGUAAUGUACCAUAGUCACAUUAUUUAUUUUAACUUGGGGAAAUAAUGGUAUAUGAUUCUUCUCAUUUUGGAGA